GGCGACCCCGGCGGCGCGCGCGAACCGGGUUGCUGAUAGGGACGGGGAGGGGCUGCUUCAACUUCUGCCAAGGACCCGGCAACCCUCGUAAUUAAUUGUCUCCUUUGCGGGAGUGAGACGGGGCCGGACUUUUUUCUGCCUUCGCUCCAAUGUCAGAGGCCUAUCCCCCCCCCCAUAUACAAACACAGCCCUGCAUCACUUUCACUUAGUAAGAGGAAAAAAAAAAUAGACGACCUGGGGUGGGGAGUGGGCUCCGUCCUGAAUCCUGACCAAGUCGGUUGUCAUAGUAACCCUGGCCAACCUGGAGGUCUCUUUCAGCCCCCUCCCAUCUUGCCUAUCUGGAGCCCCAAACCUCUACCAUCAACGCACCAGAAGAAGGUUGCCAAGGCCAGAUGACCCAAGGUGGAAACACCCUUCUUGAUCACCCUCAGCCCGAAACCUAGGGAGGAUGCCCUGGACGCUCAGGCUAGGGUCUGACAUCGGGCCCCAUGCGGCUCUCCCGCUGCUGGGCUGCCCUGGCAGCCGCCAUCAUCCUCAACCUCCUAGUGUUCUUCUAUGUGUCAUGGCUACAACACCAGCCCAGAAACUCCCGGGCACGGGGACCCCGCCGGACUCCUGCCAUUGGUCCCCGGGUCACCGUCCUGAUUCGGGAAUUUGAGGCUUUUGACAACGCGGUGCCAGAGCUGGUGGAUUCCUUCCUGCAGCAGGACCCAGCCCAGCCCGUGGUGGUGGCGGCCGACACACUCCCUUACCCACCCCUGGCCUUGCCUCGCAUUCCCAACGUUCGCCUGGCGCUGCUCCAGCCGGCCCUAGAUAGGCCAGCCUCGGCCUCGCGCCCGGAGACCUACGUGACUACCGAGUUCGUGGCCCUGGUGCCUGACGGAGCGCGGGCCGAGUCACCAGGCCACCUGGAGCGUAUGGUGGAGGCGCUCCGGGGAAGCAGCGCGCGUCUAGUGGCCGCCCCGGUCGCCACCGCCAACCCAGCGCGGUGUCUGGCGCUGAACGUGAGCCUCCGGGAGUGGACUGCGCGCUACGGCCCAGCGCUCAGCGCGCCCCGCUGCGACGCCUUGGAUGGCGACGCCGUGCUGCUGCUGCGCUCCCGCGACCUCUUCAACCUCUCGGCGCCACUGGCGCGGCCGCUGACCACCAGCCUCUUCUUACAGACCGCCCUGCGCGGCUGGGCAGUGCAGCUGCUGGACCUGACUUUCGCCGCGGCGCGCCAGCCCCCGCUGGCCACCGCCCACGCGCGCUGGAAGGCGGAACGCGAGGGGCGCUCUCGGAGGGCGGCGCUGCUGCGCGCGCUGGGUAUCCGCCUGGUGAGCUGGGAGGGCGGGCGGCUCGAGUGGUUCGGCUGCAGCAAGGAGAGCGCGCGCUGUUUCGGCACCGUUGCGGGCGACACCCCCGCCUACCUGUACGAGGGCCGCUGGACGCCGCCCUGCUGUUUGCGCGCGCUGCGCGAGACUGCGCGCUACGUGGUGGGCGUGCUGGAGGCGGCGGGCGUGCGCUACUGGCUGGAGGGCGGCUCGCUGCUGGGUGCAGCCCGCCAUGGCGACAUCAUCCCCUGGGACUACGACGUAGACCUGGGCAUCUACCUGGAGGACGUGGGCAACUGCGAGCAGUUGCGCGGCGCCGAGGCCGGCUCGGUAGUGGAUGAGCGCGGCUUCGUGUGGGAGAAGGCGGUGGAGGGUGACUUUUUCCGAGUGCAGUACAGCGAGAGCAACCACCUGCACGUGGACCUGUGGCCCUUCUACCCCCGCAAUGGGGUCAUGACCAAGGACACGUGGCUGGACCACCGGCAGGAUGUGGAGUUCCCGGAGCACUUUCUGCAGCCGCUGGUCCCCCUGCCCUUUGCCGGCUUCGUGGCACAGGCCCCUAACAACUACCGCCGCUUCCUGGAGCUCAAAUUCGGGCCUGGGGUCAUCGAGAACCCGGAGUACCCCAACCCUGCACUCCUAAGCCUGACAGGCGGCUGAAGCCCCGUUGCCCGCAUUUGGGACAGGGUGGAGGUAACAGCGGGGUACGGGAAUCUGUUCUUUGCCUUUGGGGUUCUGUGUGGGGUUUUGAGUGGGCAGUGGGGGUGUACACCGGAGAAAAAAGGGUGAACUGGCUAAGGAAGACUGGCGGGAGCCCUCAGGACAGCCCUGGCUUUGGCAGGAAGCAGAACCCAGCCGAAGGCUGGUGCAACACGUAGAUUCUGAAGCCGUGAGAUGGGACUGUGUGUGGAGACCUCCUAGCCCAUCCUCGUAAUGGAGGAAAGUGGUGGCCUUCGAUGUCAAAGCCCAGGGAUUUGAGUCCAUCCUUCAUCGUCUCCGCCCUAUAUUCCAGGAGCUAAGACCCUUGGAAAGUGACUCCGGAGUACAGACCGGCCAGCUUCAGUUUACCACAUUCAACUUACGUGGCCCUGGACCAGUCAGUCACUCAGUCUCGCUCUCCACCUCAGUUUCUUUUGAGAUACUGAAUUGCCUCCAUUGGUGUCUCUAAUCCUCAGGACCCUUAGCUGUAGUGCUUGCUUCCUCCACCAGAGGGUGCGUUUGUCCCUCCAUUUCAUCUUUGAUGAAGGCGGGCACCUUCUCUUAGCCCUCCUCUCUGGUUUUCUUGGAGUGGCUCUGGGAAGUGGAGACAACACUGGCCACCUCCCCUCCCGUGGCACUGUUCUUGGAGAGCGCCGCGUGAGGUAUCUGCUGCUUUUAAUCCCGUCGUGCUCCUGGAGGACUAAUAAGGCUUUGGUUUGGGAUCCUGGUCGACAUAUUACCUCAAUUCCAGUCCUCGACACCUGUUUCCCCAACUGCCAGGAGGGGUAAACCUUAAUCAUGGCUCAGUUACAGAGAGCUUCCUGAGGCCCAGGCAUACACACGACCGGAUUUAUCCUCCCACCCCUGAAUUGACAGCUGCUAUUAUUAUUAUCCAUUUGUCGGGGAGGAAAAAUGAGGCCAAACGACAGUUACUUGCCAUAACCAGAUAGUUUAGGAAGUGGCCAAUAGGGGACUUGAAUUCAGGUCAUCAUUUCAAGGCCUACACUUCACUUCCUCUUUAGGUCCUGCUGCAGAAAAUAGUACCCAAGUAGGGCCUUUCGGUGGCUAUUAUGCCACUUAACAGGUUAAAAUUUUUUUCCUUAUUUGAUCAUGCAUAUAAAUUAUGUUCAAACUGCUACUACCAGGCUGUUAUUGUUAAAUAAGUCUUAAAUUAUGCUACUUUAAAAUUUAAAAAUUCAAAAUGAAUAGAGCCUUUUGGGUUUUUUGGCUUCAUUCUAGGACUUGUUCUACACACUUCCUGGAUGUGACCCCCGCUACCCCCAAUUUUACUGGGAGGAACAGGAGUUUGAGACAGGGUCUAACUUUCUAGCUCAGGAUAGCUUCAAACUUAUGAUCCUCCUGUCUCUGCCUGUGGAGUACUGGAAUUACAAGUAUGCACCACUCCUUUGUGGUCCAAAGGAGGAUUUUUGUUGUUGCUCCUUGACCCAACGUCUGUCCUUGCGAUGGAUCCUAGGCUAGCCUGCAAUUUGCAAUCCUGCCUCAGUCUCCCAGGUGCUAGGAUUAUAGGUAUGUAGUCCUGAUUUUUUUUUUUUUUUUUAAAGCACAAGGCUAGGGAUGUAGCUCUCAGGUUUAUCCAGCCUGCACAGGCCCUAGUCUUGAUCACCUGUACCACAAAAUGAUAAUAACUAACUUAUUUAUUAUAAAAUAUUACAAAAUAUUUAUUAUAAAAUAAUAAAAGCCAACUAUGAAAGCCGGGCACAGCUGUAUGCAUUUGUGAUCUCAGCUAUUUAGGAGGCUAAGGCUAGAGUAUCUCCAGCCCAGGAUGUCUUGGCCAGCCUUCCACAUAGCCAGACUCCAUCUCAAGCAAAGUAAAACCCGGGAACGGUGGUUUUUGCCUACAACCUCAGCACUUGAGAGGUGGAGGCAGGAGGAGCAGAAGUUCAAGGCCAUGAACACCUCCAUGGAGCAAGCCAGGCUGAGCUACCAGUGACCAUGUCUCAAAAAAACAAACUAUUGGGCCCAGUGUAGUGGCGCACACCUUUAUCACCAGCAUUAGGGAGGCUGAAGCAGGAGGAUCUCUGUGAGUUUGAGGCCAGCCUGGUCUACAUAGCUAGCUCUAGGCAUCCAGGGCUACACAGAAAUGCUGUCUCAAGAAAAGGAAGGGAGGGGCUCUCAAUGGGUAAAAGUGCUUGUUAUAUGUGCUGUUUGUUUUUUGUCAGCUUAACACAAGUUAGGGUCAUCUGGGAAAAGGACCCUCAGUUGAGAAAAUGCCUCAAUCAGAUUGGCCUGUAGGCAAGUCUGUGGGGCAUCUUCUUGAUUAAGUGAUUAAUGAGAGAUGGCCUAGCCCACCGUGUGGCAUCCCUGAGCAAGGUAAUCCUGACUUACAUGAAAACCAGGCUGAGCAAGCCACCCCUGAGCAAGGUAAUCCUGACUUAUAUAAAAACCAGGAUGAGCAAGCCAGUAACAGCACCCCUCCAUGGCUUCUGCUUCACUUCCGGCCUCCUUGUUCCUGCACUGACUUCCCUCAGCGAUAGACUGUGACCUGUGGGCUGUAGGAAAUAAGCCCUUUUCUCCCCAAGUUGCUUUUGGUCAUGGAAUUUAUCACAACAAUGGGAAUCUAACUAGGACACUGUUCAACCAUGAGACUUGAGUUCACAGCACCAGCAGCCAUGUAACUUUGCACAGGGGCUGAAGUUCUGACUCAGCAUCAAAUAGACAAGUGCUCUUGCAGAAGACCCAGGUCCCAUUCUUGAAACGCACAAGGUGUCUCAGAACUAUCACUAACCUCUAUUCCAGGAGAUCUGAUGUAUUUUCUGGUUCCCAAGGGCACCAGAAAAUACAAGCAAAACAAAAACCCCAAAUCCAGGCAGUGGUGGCACACAUCUUUAAUCCCAGUGCUCAGGAGGCAGAGGCAGGCAGAUCUCUGAGAGUUUGAAGCUAGCCUGGUCUGCAAAGCGAGUUCCAGGACAGCCAGAGCUACAUAGAGAAACCCUGUCUUGAAAAAACAAAGAAUAAGGCAAAGAAACUCUUGAAGAGUAUCCUGGGUCACGAGUGAGCAGACCGUCCCCGCCACGAUAAUGAUAAUAGGGCCAGCAAGAUGGCUCAGCAGCUGAAAACACUUGCCGCCAAGCCUGUCAACCUCAGUUGGAUUUCCAGGUCCCACAUGGUGGAUGGAGAAGCAUGCCUGGCCUUCCCCAGUAAAUUAAUAAAGAAUAUGUAAGUUUA